GUGUACCCGACUCUCUUCUGUGUGUUUUGUGUCUUCAGUCGGUUGAAGUUUUGUGACACUCAUUUUGUGAAAUUGGGAUUAAAUUGUCUUUAUGGUUGUGGGCUGGGGAUGGCAGCUCCAGUGUAUCUUGUUGAGGGCUCUCCAGCUAGAGAUCCGGUCUUUACAGCUGCAAUCAGUGAGAGAAUGCGGGUUCCAGAGAGGCUCGGAGUGGCACAGGGUGCGGUGGAGGAUCGGAUGUCCAGGAGUGAAGAUCUGGCUCCUGUCUACAGCAUGCAUGUGCCAGAUAGACUGGCCUUAAUAGAUGCUCCUGACCUGAGUCCACGGCCUCUUUUCUCCCAGCGCUUUGCUUCAGGCCAUGCCUCGUCAAUGUGGGACCUGCAGCAUGGCCCCUGGAAUAAGGGGUCAUACACACAAGAGCCUGUUCAUAGUCCACUACGGAGGUCGUAUAGUGACCAGACCUUUGGAAGGACCCCAACUGGAACCCCCACACACUCUAACAAGACACUGCACUCUUCUUCAGUUGCUGAAACGGUGCCUACAGUACCCUCAGACCCACUCCUGCCCGUACCCCCUGGGCUCAGUGCAAUUGCGCCCAACCUUCUGUCUCCCCAAAGCGUGCUGCAGGCUGCUAAGAAGCUGGGCCAGCAGGCCUCACACAGAAUCCUUCAGACUGUUACCCAAAAAUAUGCCUCAAGGUUUGGUUUCCCAGAAACCCCCACAUCUCAACCACUCAAAGAACACACUGGUCAGACCAGGAAAAGUGCCGUCCAAGAGCUCUGGCUCAGUCCUGAGGAGGAAAGUGGAACCAAUGUUGAAUUCAUGGUACUUCGAAGACAGAUGAUGAAGAUGAACAGACGAAUAGCAGGACUGGAAAGACAGAACGCUGAACGCAAACAGAACGAACUGCUGCUUUUUUCUUUGCUACUUUCUGGCUUCAUGAUCAACGGCUGGCUCUGGAUGCGCAGAUAAAAGCUGUGAAGCCACCUGGGACAUUCCUUCAUGUCCUCUCUAGUAGGGCUAACAGCAGCUACUGAAGUGUGUGUGUGUGCGUGUGCGUGUGUGUUUUAGCCCUCAGCAUAGGACCUUUCUGUGACCUGAGGAGCUUUUGUGUCAGGAGUCAGCCAUGUCCCAUGAGUGAGUUUAGCUUUUUAACCCCAGUGGAUGCAGGAAUGCGAGGAAAGUCACAAGAAUGCUCAGUAACCCAACACUACUAUCCUUUAGACGUAAAUAGUAAAUAGAAAAAUCAAUGACAAAAAUUAUCUUGCUGAAGGAUCCCCCGGUCAUGGUAAGGGCUGACUAUAGAUAGUGAAUGUAGUGACAGUGACUGUAGCUUUGCUUUGUAGUUUACAUUUGAUGUUUUAAGAGAGAAAGGGGUUUUUGAAGAACUGAAAAUGCACUGGUCAGAUGAAAGCACUGAGUUGAAUUAAAAUUUUAAAAGGAAACUUGUUUAUGCAUUUAUAAUAUUUGGAAAAUGUAUAUAUUGUCUGAGCUUGAUAUUAAGGUUUAAUCUAGUUAAUUAAUACACUUCAUAGGCUUAAAAUGUGGAAGGAUAGAGGCGAGUGACAUGUCCCCUUUAAAGCACAGACUGGUUAAAAUACCCCAGUAUUUCCUGCUCAGAGCAUCCUUGUGAUUCAGUUUUUAUAAAACGUGUGAUGUUAUCUCCUGGCUGUUACAUUUGGUCAAAAUGAAUAUUAUUUUUAAAUCAUGUUAUUUUUAAUCACCCAUAAGAGAAUUAUGCUUGGGUGCUGUGGCAGGAGGAAAGAGGAGCUGCUGAUUUGCCCACCAGUUCAGUCUGGGUGUCCUUCUCUUAAUCCUGGACAGCUUCUGCUGUUUCGUGGAGAGAGGACACCAGCCACAUAGCGAGAGCUGUAAGAGAGACUUGCAGAUAAGAAAGUCCAGAUGGGCAAAGUUAAACACCUCUGUAAAAUGUUUCAUCAAUCAUUGAGCAAAGCUUCUACAUUUAAACAUGUAUGUGUCUGCGUGUCACAUCAGUGUGCUAAUUUACUACAAACAGCUUAUCUUUAGUAAACCUGAUAUAUUUAUGUAAUGGCAACUAAAACAGAAAGUCUGACAUUUGAAUGUUUUUUUUCAGCAUCCAAAUGUAAGUGUGAUUGAGGACGUUUUAAAACAUUAAAAAUAAAGUCAAGAGACGCAUCUGACUGAUAUUUUGUAUCAGACAGUGCAGCCAGAGCAGGGAGAUGAAAGUAAUGAGGAAAAGGUGAGAUUUUUAGAUGGAGAUGUUAGUAGUGCAGACAGUAGGCUUUCGUUCUCUUUCCAGAGUGUGUAUUCAUUGUAUUAAAAAUAUAAAAAAAAACUAGAAAUGAUAUAUAUUUUUUAAUCAGGUGGAUGAGACAGUGCAGCCAGGUUUAUUGUCAGUGCAUGGAGGUGAUGACUGAGGCAGAGGUGAGAUUUUAAAGAGAACAGUUAGUGUGGAAGUAAAAUGCAUCAGUGCAAUGUGAUAAAGCAUGCUUUCAUUUUCAGAUCAAAAUUUACAGUUAAUAAAUUUAAAAAUUACCAACAUGAAAAUGAUUAAAUUCUGCUAAAAGUUUAAAUUUCUUGACCCAUAUAACUAUUUUGUAACAAACUCUAAAAUCGUGAGAUCAGUGAAUUUUUCCCCCUAAUAAAAUUGUUGACUGAGCUCAUAGAUUUUAUAAACAUAUUUGUUUUUAUAAAAACCCACACAUGUUGAGCAUUAUACUGGGAACCAACUGAAUAUUAUAAAACCCUAAAGUACGUAUGGCAAACUGUAAGCCAUUAAGAGAAUUCAUCGCUCCAAGUUUUCUUUUGUGCAAAGUGUCAAUAUUGUAAUUACGUUAUCUCUUUCUUAUAUAUUCAUAUUUAAGGUAAGCUGUUUGGUAUAUUAAAUACCAACUUUUGGCUUUCCUUGUGUAGCAUAUAUGUGUGUAUAUGUUUUACUUAAAAUAAUACACUACUCAUGUAUUAAGUUGUGUGGCAGUAGCAGCAACUGAUCACAGGAUUAUUCACUGCAUAGCAUAAUCACUCUAUUUUAUCAGGGAGCAUGAUGCAUGUUUUAUAUUCUGAUUUAUGUAAGUCAUUUUAUUUUCAUGUUUUACCACUGCUUUAUCCUGGUCUGGGUCGUCGCAGGUUUGGUUUUACUCGAGUCCUCGGGCAAUGCAGGAACACGGGUCGGGCAGAACGCACAUCUGUCAGAUUUGUGUAGUUUUUUAAGUAAAUACACUUUUGCUUUAGUAUCCAUGUACGUCAUUUUUUUUAAUUAUGGUUGUGGCUUUGUCCCUAUAGAAAAAUGAACUUGAAAUAAAAAAUGAACUUGAUAUUAAAAAGUAAAUAAAGA